AUGGCAAUAUCCCAUGCUCCCGCUGUGCCCGUAAGCCUGGGCCAUACCUGCGAGCCACAAGCCCCUGGAAGACAAGGCUUGGAUACAGGAGCGCUAGUAUCACGCCGACCUCGGGCGUCGAGAUCGCGUGGGGGAUGUGUAUCCUGCAAGACGCGCAAGAAGAAAUGCGACGAACUGCGUCCGCAAUGUAGCGACUGCCGUCGCCUGGAUCUACCCUGUCGCUGGAAAUCGCCAUCCCCGCGCCCAGCCUCCCCACGUCUGCGGGGGUCUCGGUCUCCACCAUAUCUCGACGUCGACGCCGCCUUCUCGCCUUCAGCUGUGUCGUUUGAUGGAUCUGCGAGUGCAUUCUUUGAUGAGCACGGCUUAUCCAUCACGACUCCCACUUCUUGGACGGAGAAUAUCAUUCUAAGUCGUUUUGAUCUAGCUCUGCGAGUAUCAGCUAAUUCCCAUCUCCAUACGGACGAGGAUCGCUCUUUGUUCAACCACUACCUACAUAUUGUCUCGCGCGCCCUAUGUCGCUCCGAGCAAACAGACGAAAACCAGUUUCUGACAACGCUGCUUCCCAUGGCGGCGGCAUCGGAUAUGCUAACGAGCGUCAUCCUGGUGCUAAGUGGGAGCCACUGGAGACGGGUUCAUCCGCCCAUCUGGAAUCGUGCGCUGAAGCAUCAAGGAAGGGCAUUGGCGCAAGUGAACCAGAGACUCGCUCGCGCAGACAUAGCACAGGACCUCGAAACCUGCGCCACGGUACUUCUACUCUGUCUUACGGAGCUAUUCGACGGGACGUCCAAGGCGUGGAAGUGGCACCUGAAAGCAGCGAGCGCUCUGCUUCAAUCGCCAGGAAUGCAGACGCUUGAUAUGACGCCGGAAGGAGCAUUUUGCCUGCAACUGUUUCACUAUCUCGAUUCCAUGUCGACCAUCUCACGAUGCAGGCCUCCUCUCCUUCACAAGGACUGCAGUCUUUCAGACAUGACCAGCUCUGCCUUUGCCACGGCUUUAGCGGCCUCUACCAGCACCUCGGCGCUGGAAAGCUCUAUCUCGGGCGUAACCCCCGCCCUACUGGACUUGAUUGGCUUGGUCAACCUCCUCGCCUCGCACCGAGGGGCGCGUGUCGACGAGCUCUCCGACCUCGGCUUCCGCACCGCCGCUGCUCGCGUUAAAGCGCUGCUCGAUACAUGGCGAGGGGAGUAUGAGAAAACCGAGGUGUCUACCUCGUUUAUCAAGCGCGACACAUACCACGCAUCAACAGCCUUUGAAUGCGCGAUCCGCCUGCGCCUCCACCAGAUUGUCGAGGGCUACGAUCCCGACCACGCAGACGUGACUAGCGCGGUCGAGCAGAUCAAGAAGGCUGCACUAGCUAUACCGUACGGUUCUCCCGUUGAAGGCAGUCUACUCUUCCCACUCGUGAUUGCCGGCGCGAGUAGUCGCGACGUCGAGUGGCGCAUGGUGGCCAAGGAGAGACUGAUGGUGAUGGAGAACACGCUGGGGUUCGGACAUGUGCGGCGCGCGCGACAGUUGCUCGAGACCGUGUGGGGGCAGGAGAGGGAGUGGAAUUGGGCGGCUGUGCGGUAUACGCAGUUUCCGGGGAUUGUUUUUGUCUAGACCAUUUUGAUUUCUUCUUUGAAUGGACACAGCUAUACUCGACUACAUAUUUACACUCUUACUCUUACACCUGAUGGACAGAAGAGAAAGACGUGAAAACAGUAGUAGCUAUCCGGAUAUUCUACACCCCGCCCGCUAACAACUCGC